AUGAAAGGAAUUUUCUGCAAGAUGAAAAUAUUCAAACUUCUCGUUAUCAUUACUCUCCCAAUAACAAUCGGCGAUGGCUCUGACGUCUCUGACGCAUUAUCCAAUCACACAAACGAAGUAACAACGACUACUAUAGCUAAUACUAAUUGCAAUAUUCUUAGUAAUGAUACUACUACUAGCAGUAAUAGUAGUAGUAGUAGUCGCGUCAAAAGGGGUAGCGAUGCCAGUAGUGAUGACGACAACUUAACUGAACUCGGAAGUGAGAAGUUCCUAGUUUCAAAUGCAGACGAAACUUUGAACUUAGUCUCUCUUAAUAAUGACGUCAUCGUUCGUGGUGAAGCUGUCGCUACUACUACAGCUGCCACUGGUAGCAAUAGUGCUGCUACUGGUAGUAGUAAUGAUGAUAGUGGUAAUGGUAGUAGUUCCGAAGAGAUCGUGAGAGUUAAAAGAGACAGUGGAAAUAAUGCUAUUGAUGAAGAAGAAGAAGGAACAAUAAUGGAGUGA